AUCAUUGAUCGCACUGCCUAGCAACACAUUGCACCGCAAACAGCACAUCCACCAGUGCCCCUCGCAUCCUCGUCCCGGCAGCGACUCGAUCCUGCUCAACAAAAGGAAGAGCGUCGCAAGCAGCAGGGGUAGGAUCUGGCUGGACAGGAAGGGAGGGAGUACAGCGCCACCAUGUCGUCAUCGUCGGGCGCAGGCAGUGCCACUGCGCCACCGAUGUCCUACUGCCACGAGUGUGGCAUCGAGAUCAGGCCCCUCAUGACGCCCCAUCCGACAUGCCCGCGCUGCAACGGCGGCUUCGUUGAGGAGAUCGACCCCGAUGCAGCGGCGAACGAAGAGGACGAGACGAUGGUGCACCCGCUGCUUGGCGGCAACGCAUUCAACGACAACGGGGGCGAGAUGGAUUUCAUGUCGCUCAUCCAGGCCAUUGCCCAGGGCUAUCAUGGCACCGGCCCCGCUCGGCGAGCGAGCGAGGACAACGAGGACGAGGGGAGAAGUACGACGCAGGCACAAGCACAGACAGACGGCAGCCAGCCCACGGUGCGGUCGGGCACGGCCAGGCUCGGCCCGAUGAACGUCGCCUGGGGGUACGGCUCCACGGCGACGAGGGCGGGCGGGAGCCGGCAGGAGACCGUCAGCUCUCCGCCAGGACUGAGCGACUACCUUCAGAGGUCAUUCGGGGUGCCGCACGACGAUGGCAUGGGUGGCGCCGGUGCGGCUGCCGACGGCCGCUUCUUCAACGCAGACAACGAGGGGGGCAGCAACCAGCGGGCAGGACGAGACGGCGACGAGGCCGGACGCGGGCACGAGGAAGAAGACGGUCUUCCCCCAGAGCUGGCUUCGAUCCGGCAACUAUUCACGAACCUGUUUGGUGGCCUGGGCAACGGCCCUGCGUCGCUGCUUGCUGAUUUUCUGGGCGGCGCCGCUGGUGGGGGCCGCUCGGGCGACUACGUCUUUGGCCAGCAGGGCCUCGACGACGUCAUCAGCCAGCUCAUGGAGCAGACGAGGGGCUCCACCGCGCCGCCCCCAGCGACAAAGGAGGCCAUUGCCAAGCUCGAGCGCUUCACCCGGUCCGACAAGGACAAAGUCGCGCAAGCGCGGAAUCGGGAAUGCCCCACAUGCAUGGACGAGUUCGAAGAAGAGGAUGCGGAAAAGGGCAAGAAGAGCGACGAGAUGGCCGAGGGGGACCAGAUCGUCGACGACGAUCCGCCCGAGGUGGUGCCCGAGCAAGAGGGACAGCAGGACGAGCUGGUGCUCAUGCCCUGCCGGCACCUCUUCCACCAAGACUGCCUCGUGCCCUGGCUCGAGACGAGUGCGACGUGCCCCGUCUGUCGAGUGACGCUCGAGACGGUGUCGCCUUCCAGUGCAGCGUCCACUUCCCAGCAGCAACAGCAGCAGCAGCAGCAACCCAUGUCCAGCGGAGGGCCAGCUUCACUGGUUGAGAUGGGGGAGGGAGAAGGGACAGACCCGUCGCCGGCGUCGAUGCGCGAUCGCGCACUGCGAGCAGCUGAGCAACGGCAGCGUCAACAAAGUCAAGAGCGCUCCGAAAGCCACACGAUGCCUGGCUCACUCGAGCCCGACGAGCUCGACUAGGUCUCACCCUUGCUCAUCUUAUUUUAGACUAUUGCUACAUGUACAUCUUCCAUCUCCUCAUCUCUCUCUCUCUCUCUCGCUCUCGCUCUGCAUCUAAUCGUAGUGACUAUCACCC